ACUGGAUCAGCAGUCAGAACACUAUAAUCGGUGAUAAUGAUUUCCUUCAGGGUUCCCCUUGUGCUUUGCGCCCUUAUCUUUGGUCAGUCCCUGGCCAGCACUGUCCAGUCGUCCACCGAGUUGGAAGGCAAGGAAAUCGAUGCUCUCAUCAAGAUCGUAGAUUCUCUGGAAAAGCUUGGCGAUUUGGCAGUCGAAUAUACAAUCAAAAUUGUAGAGUACCUGGUCAAAAAUGUCCAUAAUCUUCCGAAAAUCAUCACAAACUAUGUCAGCAAGAUCCUCACAAUAGUGAAAAAUACCGCUGACGUUGUAUUGGACAAAGUAAAGUCAUAUGCAGGCAAGAAAGCCGGUGUGGUAAUCGACUGCGCAAAGGCCGCCGGUAAGACAGCCAUCGUAGACUAUUCCUCCAGCGUCAAAGAUGCUUCGAAGUGUGUCAACACCGAGGUUGAAAAAGUCCUUGUCAUCAUCCCCGACGUGGUGAAACAACUUGAUGUAAUUCUGAAGAAGGUCGAAGUUAUCACCGAAGGCCUGAAGAAAUGCAAUGGUGGACCCGCAAAGCAAGCCCUCUGUCUUUUAGCCAUCGUGAAGAAGUGCCAGUUUGCAGCUAAGCCAUUGCCCAAAAUCGUCACUGAUGCAUACCACAAAAUCAAGGAUGCAGUCAGUUCUUUGAUCUCCAGCAACAAGAAGUGUCUGGUUGGAGUUGUCGAAAAGACCAGGGACGAGGCUUUGGCCAGGCUCAACGCUUUUGGAACCUGUGUUCACAAAUGAAUAGAGAUAUGAAAGCUGUAAUUUGUUAUGGACUAAUGAUUGCGUGAAUAGACGUUUUAUAAAGAAAUA